GGCCGAGGAGACCAGCGUCACUGCCGCGGCGUCAGCCGGCUCGACCACCCACCACCCAUUCCUCGGCUCGCUGUAGAACGCAUUGCCGCAAUCGAGUACAAUACCGCGUCAACUUAACAUAGCAAAACAUUUCAUCUCGCGACAGACAACAUAAUUUUUUUUAUGAACAACAACAAUGGCAUCGAAACAAUAUAUUUUAGGAAUGGAUAUUGGGACGACAUCGGUUAAAGUAUGUGUAUACGAUCCCGAAACAAAAGAGUUGGUUGCUAAACAAAACAAGGAUACGGCAGCGAAUAUACCGAGUGACCAAGGAAUAGAAGGAAACAAGCAGGAUGUUCCGAAAAUAGUGUCUGCCGUUCAUUACUGUGUCUCGCGACUUCCUAGAGAUGUAUUGCGACUUGUCACGAAGAUUGGAGUGUGUGGUCAGAUGCACGGGGUCGUCUUGUGGAAUGACGGAGCUUGGGAAACAGUUGAAAAGGAUGGUGUUGUGAUAAGAUUUGAAGCAACAAGAGAAAAUAUGUCGGCGCUGUACACAUGGCAAGAUACGAGAUGCAAACCUGACUUUUUAGAAUCAUUGCCUAAACCAGAUUCCCACUUGCAGUGUUAUUCAGGCUAUGGUUGUGCUACAUUAUUAUGGAUGCUCAAACAUAAGCCAGAGAAACUAAAGAAUUUCAAAUAUUCUGCAACAGUCCAGGACUUUGUGGUGGCUAUGCUUUGUGCUUUGGACACACCAAUCAUGUCUGAUCAGAAUGCUGCUAGUUGGGGAUACUUCAACACUGAGAAGAAUGAAUGGAACACUGACAUCCUUACAUCCAUUGACUUCCCAGUAAACCUUUUGCCAAAAAUUGUGAAAAGUGGUGAAUUUGCUGGAAAGUUAAAUACAACUUGGAAUGGAAUCCCUGAAGGCACACCAGUGAGUGCAGCUCUAGGAGAUCUCCAGUGCUCCAUGUUGGCCACCCUUGAGAAUGAGCAGGAUGCUGUGCUGAACAUAUCAACAUCUGCUCAACUGGCUAUUGUUGUCAAUAACAUUACUGACAUGGGAUGCAAAACUAUUGAACAUUUGCCAUAUUUCAAGAAAAGCUAUUUAGUGGUGGCUGCAUCAUUAAAUGGUGGAAAUGCUUUAGCUACAUUUGUGAAAAUGUUACAACAAUGGAUGCUGGAAUUAGGGGCACCAAUACCACAGGCAAAAGUAUGGGAAAAAUUGAUAGCUUUGGGCUUGGAAGCUCCACAGUCUAGUAUGAAGAUAUGCCCUCUACUUUUAGGUGAAAGGCAUGAUCCAACAGCAAAGGCCUCAGCUUUAAACAUUGAUCUCUCUAACAUUCAGUUGGGCCAAGUGUUUAGGUCACUAUGCGACAGUCUGGUAGAAAAUCUGCACUUUAUGAUGCCAAAGGAGAUAUUAAGAAAUGCUAAUAUAAGAAGGAUAGUUGGCAAUGGGUCAGGUUUAUCAAGGAAUGCAGUAUUACAGAGAGCUGUGGAACACUACUACAGCUUGCCGCUAGAGUUCACAUCAGGGGGAGAUGCUGCAAAGGGUGCGGCAAUUGCUGUUAUGUGAACAAUAUGCCCAAUGAAAUGUCAAUAUUUAAUUUUAAGCAAUGGGUACUCUAAAAAAUGUAUUCUAUUUAUUUAAAUAUGAAGUUAACUAUUGUUAUCACAAUCAAAUUCUGUAUUCUGUUUAAAUUGUUUUGAAAUAUUUACCCUAAAGUUAAAAGCCUAGAAUAAAAUGGAUGGAAUAAGAUAAAGAGAUACAUAUCAAGUUUUUCAUCCAUCUUG